CAUUGUAGUCGAGGAACACCUUUGAUUGUUGAGAAGAUUUAUUCUAGAGUAGGUUUAUCCGUGUGACACAUUAUUAUUGUCGUAUUUUACUGUCAAAUUUUUAUUUAAGCUUGGAUAAUCUUGGCACACACUUUGUUUAAUAAUCCAUAUAUAUUUCAAAACUACAAUGCCGAGUUCUUCGGAAAUCUCUCGUGAUGUCGAGUCUCAAAACCUUUAUGUUGCAGAACCAGAAGUUGAGAUGAAAGGUCCAGAUUUCUCUGGUCCUGCCAUCAAGAAAUAUAUCACAACAAGAUUCACUGAGCUUUUACCUACCAAGGAAUACAUGGAAGCAAACAGAGACCUUUUGAACCCUUUGCCCGGUUUGAGAGAAAUCUCCGGUAAGCAAUGGUUAUUUAUUCUUUGUGCUCUUGCCGGUUGGACUUGGGAUGCCUUUGAUUUUUUCACGGUUUCUCUUAACGUUCUGAAAAUUGCAAAGGAUUUCGACGUUAAGGUGAAGGAUAUUACUUGGGGUAUUACCUUGGUGUUGAUGUUGCGUACUGUUGGGGCUUUCCUCUUCGGUUAUUUUGGUGAUAAAUAUGGUUCUAAAUGGCCAUUUGUGGUCAAUUUGAUCUUGAUGUGUUUCUUACAAAUUGGUACUGGAUUCAUCCAAAAUUUCACUCAAUUUUUAGGGGUAAGAGCUAUUUUCGGGAUCAUUAUGGGUGGUAUUUACGGUAAUGCUACCGCUACUGCCUUGGAUGAUUGUCCUCCAAGAGCAAAGGGAUUUAUUUCCGGUGUCUUACAACAAGGUUACGCCUUGGGAUACUUGUUGGCAGUCAUUUUCACCAGAGUUAUUGCUGACACUUCUUCUCACACUUGGAGAGCUAUGUUUUGGUUUGCUUCCGGUGUUACUUUCCUUGUCACCGUUUCCCGUGCUAUGUUGCCACAAACUGAAACUUUUAAGCGUAAGCAACUUGAUGAACAAUUGAAAAAGGCCGCUGGUAUUGUCGAAGAUUCCUUUGAAAAGAAGGCUGGUCAUGCCUUGAAAAACUUCUGGUUAAUGAUGGUCUAUAUGAUUCUUCUUAUGGCCGGUUUCAACUUUAUGUCCCAUGGAUCCCAAGAUUUAUACCCAACCUUCUUAACCGUUCAACUUGGGUUUGGUAGUGACAGAUCUACUGUCACCAACUGUGUUGCCAACUUGGGUGCCAUCUGUGGGGGUAUCAUCAUGGGUCAUUUCUCCAACUUCCUUGGUAGAAGACUUUCCAUCAUGUUCUGUUGUGUCUUGGGUGGUGCUCUUAUUUACCCAUGGGCCUUCCUUCGUAACUCCGGUAUUAACGCCGCCGUGUUUUUCUUACAAUUUGCUGUCCAAGGUGCAUUUGGGGUUAUUCCAGUUCAUCUUUCUGAACUUUCUCAUCCUCAAUACAAGGCCUUUAUUGUUGGUAUUGCCUACCAAUUGGGUAACUUGGCAUCUUCUGCCUCUUCUACUAUUGAAACUACAAUUGGUGAAAGAUUCCCUCUUACAAACGCUGCCGGUGAAAGCAUUUUCGACUAUGGUAAAGUCAUGGCCAUUUUCAUUGGAUGUGUCUUUUCAUAUGUCUUGAUCAUUACCUUCGUUGGACCAGAAAACCGGGUGGUUGGUACCAUGAAGGAAGAAUCCGAAGAAAAAGACGACUUGUCAAUUGCUAGUAAGCCUACAGUUGCCACCAUUGAAAACAAGGCACAAUAAAUAUUUAGAAAUAUGUGUAAUAGAAAUUAGAAAU